AUGCGAAAAAUUUUAAAACAGGCUUUUACACGAUUUGAAACGUACUUCAAUGCAUUGGAUCUUACGAGCAAUACGUUAAACUUAGAGGAGUUGCGCAGUAGGUUAAUCAAGGCUGAGCCUGCAUUGGAUGAAUACGAGGUUAUACAGCAAACUAUUGAACUGUUAGACGACGAUUUUGAUGUAAAUUAUGUCAGAAUUUACGAGCCUGAACGGGUGCAUGAUGAUUAUUAUGCUGACAGUGAUAAUGAUGAAUAUUCUGAAAGUGAUGCCACCAAGAGUACCAACAAAGCACUACCCCAGUCCCAUAGAAUUAGUGAUAACAAUAAUAAGUCUUAA